AUUCUGCCACACUUGCUGCUGGUCUACUUCUUAGUGUGCAUAAAAGUAAUCCGGUUGCCUGACGCUGACAUUGUAACGAACGGUUAUAAGAACUGGAGUCAUAUUGUUGAGAGUUCUCUGUUGUGUUUUUUGUGUUAUAUACCAGACACUCCACCAUGUUGCUGAGAACAGUCUUAUUGGUCGCCGCCACGCUUGUGGUGAUGGUGCAUGGAAAGUUCCGCGUUACACCUUACCCCACCGAGUCGUGUAAGCACUUCGUCCCGGACCCCGAGUUCAACAAGGAGAUCGCCGCGUCCAUGGCCGCAAGCUGCAUGAAAAGGCCGAAGGUGGCGGCCGCGCUCAGUUCCUAUGACGGUCCUGAAGAAGAUAGGUACGCCGAAAUCUUACUGACAUGUUUUGCCGCCAAAUCUCACCUGAUCAUCAGCACGGGUCUGAUGGUGGACUACUUCAUGGAGAGCGUGAGGCUGGGCGUGCAGGGAACCCGCAUGGAGAGCUCCGUCGUCGCCGCCCUCAGCGUCUGUGAACCUACCCUUCUGCAGGGCAAACUGAUUGUGCCCUUCAUGCGCUGCAUUCAAGAAAAAUGUGUUGAGGAGUGAGAAGAAUUAGAGCAAAUUACGAAUACGAAGCCCGGAAACAAGAUCAGGAAAAUAUAAUAAUAAUUAGCGUAAUAUAAUUCCAAAAAAUAAUUUAUCGUAAACAAAGAUUCGUAGCAAGUGUACUCCGAUCUCGUUAAAUUAUUUGUCACUAUUUCCAUUUUGCAGUAGCGGAAGAGCUUCAUAACACCAGAAAUAUAUCGCUGUACCAAUAUGAUCGGUUAAUUCUUAAGUCUAAAUUUCAAGAAAAAAAUGUUAAAUAAC